AUGGAACUCCUCACCAAACAUGAAUUCGACACUCGUGCUCGCAAAAACAUGCCUGACACCUACGAUACCUUGCCGCGAACUGAAGGCCUCAUAUUUGGCAUGCAGAUCGACGUCCGCCACGAUCGUGCCUCCGGCAUGAAGUUGCGCAUCGGUACCAUAGAGGACAAUGACGGCACGAAGACAUGGAUCUGGGCGAUCGUGUGCCACAACUCCGACGUCUACUUCUACAAGGAGCAUGAGAAGUUGACCGCGUUGGAUCUCAAGCACGCGGAGUUGAUCGAGCCGAUGCGCACUGUAGCCGGCAAGUUCAAGGACCCCAAAGCAAACCGUCUUCGCUCGUACAUAUGUUUUCUGUUCAUGGUUAAAGGUGUCUACGCACGUUUCGUAGAGGGUAGGUGUGUUUCGUUCAAGGGUUUCGAGGCUGCGUGCAAGCGCAUCUCAGAUGCCAAGCGGAAUGGCUUCUACAACCUCGAGUCCAAGCUUCGACUGGCCGAACUUGACGAGGGAGAUAAGGGUUAUGAGUCUGAAGCUGUAGUUGCUACCCUAACCAAGAGGGGCGGCGAUGGAAACGACAAGAUCGGCGCAGAAGAACACACCCAUCGUCAUGUUCGAGGUAACAGGAAGAAGCGCAAGCUCAAUACCACCACAGCUGAAGUGGAAAUGGACGGUCUCGACAAGGAGAAUAUCGAGCUUAAGGCUCAGAUCCAGAAGGCUCGUUCGGAGAACCAAGACCUCCAUGGCCUCUAUCAAGAACUUCGCGGCGAUUGGGAGCAGCUUCGCGGAGAGUAUCACGGCAUCCUGGGAGGACUCAAGGUCAUUUGGGACUUUGCAGGUCAUCAUCACCAGGGUGUCUGA